GCUCUCAUCAAGGGUAAACCCUAAAUCAUCAUCUUCAUCAUCAAAUUGAUCGAUCUUUCUCUCUCUACAAAAUUUUCUUUUUUGAUUUGAUUUGAUUGAUUUUCUCUCUCUAGAAAAAUUUACGAAAAUCCCACCAAAAACUUACAGAAAUCGUCGGGAAUUUCCGGUUUGCCGGGAAAUUUUGACGGUGAUAUUCUCUCUCCUCUUUGCCGGUGACCGGUGAUCGGAAUUGGGCAAAUGGUAUGGUGGGUGGUAGGGUAGAGAGAGAAGAAGACGCAUUGGUGACCGGAAACCGGGAAACGUCGAGAUUUUCGCCGGAGAUUUGUCGGUUUUCAUGGCGUCGACGAUGCUAGUUAGCCGAAAUGAGACGAGUAAUUUUCUCUCACCAAAUCAUCAUCAUCAACCACCAAGAACAACGACUAAUUUCAUGGGAAAAAUCCCUUUUCUUAACCCUAACCCUAACCCUAAUUCUAAUUUUACCCCCAACAACAACCACCAUAACCAAAAUCACAACAACCACUUUUCCAGGAAGCAAUUAAACCAUCAAAAUGGGGAUGAAUUCCUGAAUCCUCCUGUAAAUGACAAUACGGCGUCGUUUAAUCAUCAUCGGAAGUCAUCUAAUGAACCCUCAAUCGCCCCUUACGUCAGCUACGACAUUACAGGGCUUUCGAAGUCGGAGAUUAGAUCUUUGAAGAAUCGAUUGAUGUUGGAGCUCGACAAAGUUCGGUCUCUUUCGAAUCGUAUCGAAACCGGCGAUUUUCGCAACGGUUCGAAUAACAUCAGCAAUCCCUCCAAGAAGCGCCCAUUUCCUGCCCAGCAGGCGGUGAAGGAGCCGAAGCGAGGGAAACAGCAGCCGCAAUCGGCGUAUGUGGCAAGCUCCCAAGUGAUGAAGAUGUGUGCGCAGGUUCUUUCGAAGCUGAUGAAGCAGAAAGCUGGGUAUAUUUUCAAUGAACCAGUUGAUGUUGUUGGUUUGGGAUUACAUGAUUAUCAUACCAUUGUUAAGCGGCCGAUGGAUCUUGGAACAAUCAAGAAGAAUUUGGGGGUAAAGGGGUUUUAUCGAACGCCUGAUGAUUUUGCUGCUGAUGUUCGGUUGACAUUCAACAAUGCACUUACAUAUAACCCUAAAGGGCAUGAAGUUAAUACAUUGGCGGAGCGAUUUCUUGAGAAAUUCGAGCUGUAUUAUCGCCCUGUUUAUCACAAGUUUCAGUCUGAGAAGCAGCAGUUUAUGAGGCAGCAGAAGGUGGAAGCUCGGCCGAGGGAGGAUGCUGUGGUGGUUGUUGAUGAAGUACAGGGUAAUUCAUGGAGUAAAAACCCGUCUCCGGAACCGCCAAGAAUCGAGAGUAGUCCUGCGAAGAAGCCUGAGCCGAGGCCGGAACCACGGGUUGUGGAACUCCCACCACGGGUAGAACCACCUCCUCCUCCACCAAGGCCUGAACCGAGGGCGGAACCUCCACAACGGGUUGAACCUCCUCAACCAAGGCCUGAGCCUGUUUCGGCUCCUGUUAAUCAUGCCCCUGCUCAAGAACCAGCUCAUAUGUCAUUGCAAGAGGUGGUGCGAGCAGGUUCAACGGGAACAGGGAGAGGAUCAGGUGGGAAGUUGCCGAAGCCGAAAGCAAAGGAUCCCAACAAGAGGGAGAUGAAUAUGGAAGAGAAGCAAAAAUUGGGAGCUGGGUUGCAGAGUUUACCAGAGGAGAAGAUGUCUCAUGUGAUUCAGAUAAUUAGGAAGAGAAAUGGGCUUUUGACACAAGAUGGGGAUGAAAUUGAGCUUGAUAUUGAGGCUGUUGAUACUGAAACUCUUUGGGAACUCGAUCGUUUUGUCACCAAUUACAAGAAGAUGGUCAGCAAGAUGAGGAGGCAAGCUUUGAUGGAUAUGCAGAACAACAAUGUGGGUCAUCAUCAUCAUCAUAAUGAUCAUGAGCAGGUUGGUGUGAGUGAGAGGAUGACAGAAACGGUGAAGAGAGGUGGAGGUGAUAAUGGGGGCGAUGAAGAUGUUGAUAUUGGGGGGAAUGAAGAUGAAGAAAUGCCGGUUCAACAACUGGAAAUUGACAAAGAUGACGGCAAAAAUCGCGAUGUUGGUGGAGGUGGUGGUGGUGGUGAUACUAGUAGUAGUAGUAGUUCAAGCAGCUCAGGCAGUGAUUCCUCUUCUUCAAGUGAUUCUGAUUCAGGGAGUUCCUCGGGCAGUGAUUCGGAUGUUGAUGAUGCCCAAUCACGUGACAAUGAAUCCAAGAACAUUCCCCAUUGAUUGAUGAUUGAUCAGUUAAGGGGCAGCUCAAGUUUGCUGGGAUGAAUGGCAUUUUUGAGGGGUUCUUCCUGUGCUCUCUUGUGUAGUGUGUUCGAGUUUCGAGUUCCCUCUUUGGUGAACCGAUCAGCAUUCGAUUUCGAGGAAAUAUCCUUAAGUUGUUGGUUGUUGCCGGCUAAGAACAUGAAUGGGAUUGCAAUGUCCAGUUUGCUUAGUGUAGACUCAGGUUUAAAGGACUCAAUGUACAGAGGAAGAGAACUUUUGAAUAGGUUGGUGGGUCUCUAAUGGGUUGGUUGCAAUUGCCAAAGGAGGAAAGAAGAUCAAGAAAAGAUUUUGAUGGGUUUUGCUUUUUGCACAAGAGAAGAAUCUAUUGAGAAGAAGAGGAAGAAAGAAAAGCUUGACAAUUGUGUUGUAAAGAUGGGUUAGUAGUGAGUUUCACAAACAAGGAAAGGAAAAAAGGGAAGAAAUUUGUAGGGUAGGGCAGGUUUUUUAGGCUAGUAAAGCAAGGUAGAGAGGUCCCCAAAAACAUGAAAAAAAAUAAAUUGAUGGAGAUGUAGUUAAAAUGAAGUUAGGAAGGAAGUUGUUCUUUAAUUUUUGUUUGAUUUUGAGAGGAGGAAGUUUUUUUUAGGAAGAGAAAGUUGGGAUACUUUUGUACACAUGACACCACCCUUAAAUACAAGAGAAGAUUUUAUAAAAACUUUAUAGUGCCUAUCUUCAA